GACACCAUCGAGGCGGAAGCGGGAGAGCGACGUCACUCCCACAAUGCCCCGCACAAUGGGGCCGCCGCGGCCUGGGCCGGAGCCGCGCCCGGCGGGGCCCGGGGGAACGGGGUAGCUUUGAAACUGGUACAGAUGGCUGAGCUUGUUCAGAGGGAAAGAAGCAACUACCUGGUGAAAGUGGCAGAGGCUCCCAGAACGCCUGCACAGCUCUGAAGCAGGAGAUGAAGACGUUUUGCUACUAAAGCAGUUUGGUCACAGAGGGCUCCAACAGAAAACUGCACCGGGACAACAGCACGGCAAGGCGCCUGCAGGCUCGAGUUCUGCUUGACAUGGCCAUGUUCUACUAGACCUGCCAUGACGGCAUUUUUUCCCAGUGUUCCCAACUGGAUUCAAGAUGCAAAGCAGGAGGAGGAAGAGACAGGCUGGAAAUUAGUCCCCAGACCAAGAGGUGAAGAGACCGAAAGUCAGGGAAAAUGCCAAUGUGAAAUAUCAGAGACUUCCUUCACUAAUGUGGACAAGCUGAGAACUCACGCUCUUUCUCAUACUGAGCAGAAACCGUACAACUGCCCUCAGCUGCACUGUGGCAAAGCCUUUGCUUCUAAGUACAAGCUGUAUAGGCAUAUGGCCACGCACUCUGCUCAGAAGCCUCAUCAGUGCAUGUACUGCGAGAAGAUGUUUCACCGGAAAGAUCACCUUCGCAACCACCUCCAGACCCACGAUCCCAACAAGGAGGCCCUCCACUGCCCCGAGUGCGGCAAGAACUACAACACGAAACUCGGCUUCAGGCGACACCUGGCCAUGCACGCGGCUGCCAGCGGCGAUCUCAGCUGCAAGGUGUGCCUCCAGACGUUUGAAAGUACCCAGGUCCUGCUGGAGCACCUCAAAGCCCAUUCCAGGCGGGCUUCUGGCGGAGCGAAGGAGAAGAAGCAUCCGUGUGACCACUGUGACAGGCGCUUCUACACCCGGAAAGACGUGCGGAGGCACUUGGUGGUGCACACGGGGCGGAAGGACUUCUUGUGCCAGUACUGUGCUCAGAGGUUUGGGCGGAAAGAUCAUCUGACCAGGCACAUGAAGAAAAGCCACUCCCAGGAACUGCUGAAGAUUAAGACGGAGCCAGUCGACAUGCUGGGUCUCCUAAGCUGCAGCUCGUCUGUCGCAGUGAAAGAAGAGCUGAGUCCCGUCCUGUGUAUGGCAUCCAGAGACAUGAUAGGUGGUAAGAGCUUCCCUGGCAUGUUGCCUGUGGGCAUGUACAGCACGCAUCUCCAAACCAUGCCAAGCUCAGGGAUGCCCCAUUCUUUGGUUCCUAAUUCUCUUCCAAUGGGGAUGAGCUAUCCUCUGGAGUCUUCUUCUCCCAUCUCCUCCCCACCGCAACCUCCUCCAAAGUAUCAGCUUGGAUCUACCUCAUAUUUGCCUGAGAAACUACCCAAAGUAGAGGUGGACAGCUUUUUGUCAGACUUCCCUGGCAGCCUGUCUCUCUCGUCUGGUGAGCCUCAGUCCUCUUCGCCUCAGCCACCCCCCCUGGAUGAGCCUUUGCUUUCCAAGAGCCCUGCUAACCUUUCAGAGGCUCUCUGUGCUGCUAACAUGGACUUUUCUCACCUUCUUGGCUUCCUCCCCCUAAAUCUUCCUCCUUGCAAUCCGCCCGUAUCAUCGGGGGGAUUGGUCAUGGGCUACUCACAGGGGGAGACACAGCCACUGCUUACCACUUUGCAACAUCAACCUCAAGAAUCUCCUGGAGCUGGGGCCUCGCUGAACUUUGGGCCCCUUCAUUCAUUGCCCCCUGUCUUCACCUCCAGCUUGAGCACAACCACGCUGCCACGUUUCCACCAGGCAUUCCAAUAAGCUGAAAAUAGCACUGGAGAACAGAUCUUUCAGUCACCCUUUUGUGGAGAGCCUUAAAAACGCACAACUCUUACUUCCCUUUGGGGUGUGAAAGCUUUGCAAAGUCGUUUCAGACAGGAGGUUUCUGAUCUCUGGAGGGAGCACUUGUAGACUGGAACAGCAGCUAUCCCCAUGCAAGUCCCAGUCCUGUACAGCGAAAAGAUGUCAGCUAAUAGACUGGAUAUAUUUUAUCUAAUUUUUAAUCUGUGAAUCAGGAGCCGCGCUUAGCACUGACCUUCCCUGAGAUCCCGGAGCUAUGUUCCUCUUUGGGAAGGGACUGUCCCUGAGAAGGAGUUGAGACUCUUUCAUCUUGGGCUAAACUUUUGAAGAGUCCAGCUUCCAUUUCAUGUGAUCACACUGCAAUUCUGGCAGAACAGCCAACACCUCCACACGGAGAAGGAGGAGAAGUCAGGAUACCCGCUCUGUAUGAAGCCAACAGGGAAGAGGCUGUCCUUCCCCACUACCUCUCCCCUCACCUAAUACAGCUUACUCCACCGAACACAGCUUACUCCACAUCAGUGUUAAGCAACAAGACCGUUUACAUAGUGAAUUCAGAGAUGUCACCUCAUUCUUCUUUGCGGAACCGUUAGGUUAAACUCAUUACAGUGAACAUUGUUUACACAACGCAAAUCUGUUUCCGCCAUUACAAAAAAUUAGGAGGCACCAGAAUACACUGGGUUUAUGUCUGGUGUAGCUAGAACACUGUUUACACAAUGAAGUCAGGUUGCACUGAUUUCUCUUCACUUAUCAUGUUCUUCCCCCAUGGGGAAAUACACUGCUUGUUGGACCACUUCAGCCUCUGCCACUGUAGGCAGCAGCUUCCCACGUUUUCUCUCUGGCUUUCCACAGGUCAAGGGGACGGAUGGAGCAGCUCGCGCAGCUUAGCUUGUUUUGUGGUGCAUGGAUAGAGCUCUUUGAAUUAUCUGCCCCGGGCAAACAGAUCCUGCGUCUGUUCUGGAAACCAAAGCGCGUGAGGCGGCCGGGCUGGGAGCUCUGAGCGCUGCCGCAGCAGGCGCGGAUGGGAACGGGCCCCGCUCCAGAGAUUCCUUGGAGACGAGGAACAGAGUACGAGGUUCUAGGGGUUUUCACCACAACAGCUCAGUGAGGUCAGUACCCUUUUGGCUUAUCCGUGAAGCAAUCUCAAGAGAGGCAUUUUCACCUCAGCCCGAGGGUGAGAACAUCCAGGAAUCGGGAGGAAAAAUUGGUCCCAGCUUCACGUAUGCUCUGUCGGUGUAUCUGAAGUGUUUUCCCCAACACUAAGAGUUCCAACAAACGCUGAGGUUUUGGGUCUGCAGUCACCCUUUCACUUAGGAUUUGGUUCCUCUGGCCUUCCCGUUCUCUCCUUCCGGAGCCUGGCCUCCUGCAGUUUGCGUCCUGCUUCCCUUGCUCCCCGCCCCACCUCUGGAUUUCUUCCCUGGAGUGCCCCCCCGCCGAGGGCGGCCGGCUCCCGCUCCCCCCGAGCGUCGGGGCCGCCUCGGCUCCGGUUCCCCCGCGCGCUCGCGCUGCGGGUGCUGGCGCGUGGAGCUCCGGCCCGCUCUGCGGUGGUGUGCGUUCAGGGGAGCCCCGCGGAUCUUCGCACCUCGGCACGGAGGAACCGCUGUAGGCCACUGUAAGCCAGGAAGCCCGUCGAUACCAUUCUCCAUAAGUCUAGAAAAUGCAAAAUCUACCUCUACUCGCUUAUCUCAGCUCCUUCAGUGAAGCCAGGUGCUGUCCUCCCGCCUCUCCCCAGAGUGCGCCCAGUUCAGUCCAUGCAUUUUACUUUCUGCUGAGCCAUUGACCCCCCCAGCGUGACAUUAGCCGCGCCUCAUUUGUUCAUAGGCUUGUCCCUCUUCCGUUUUACUCAAGAAUUUUAUUUUUAAUUUAGCUUAGUAAUUUUUCCCAGAAUGACUGUUUAGUGAUCCACUGAUUCUCCAAAACAUAGAUCAGUUGUUUUAGGUUAGCCAGCGAUGCUGCAAAUAAUACUUUUGUAUCAAAAUGUAAUAUAAGAUUUAUUUACCUCAGCAAUAUCCUGUGGCAAUGAUCUCCCCGAGUUAAAUGCAGUACUUCCUUUUUUCCACUGUAAAAUGUUGCCUUUCGAAGUUCGACGAGUGCCUUCUUGUUCUCUAACAUAGCAAAGGUAAAUAGGGCAUUUCAGCUAGUCUUCUGUUUACCGUCACUGAAUACCUCAGGCCUGUCUUCUAUUGCUUUUCUUUUUGCGAAUUAAAGUUUCACACUGUUACCAAUUUUAUGCAAGCCUUAUCCCUGUCUUCAGUUGAGAGGAUUUUUUUUUUUUUUUUUUUUUUGAGAAAUAAAUGGUCAGAACUGACCACUUACUGCAAGUGAGGAUUAUCAGAUUUAUGCAAUGCCAUCACACACCUUCCUCCGUUUCAGAACAUUCAGCUUUCUUGCUUUUUGCCUGCAUUGUACUCUGAACAGAUGCCAUCACUGGAAUUCCUUUAGCAGUGGUAGCUAAACUUAGAGCCAGGCAUCUUUUUCCUACCACUAGUCUGUCAAAGAAUAAAUGGAAUUUUGCUAUUA